CAUCCACGCUACGGAAUCUAAACACCCUCCCUCUCACGUGACGUACACUUCCGCCAUUGCCGAGACGCGGAAGAGCGAGCGCGAUCACCCCGUGUGGCUACUUGGUUCUCCUGGACGUCUCUUAGUUCUUCAGAUGGCGUCGACACCGACUCUGCAGAAAGCGAUAGAUCUUGUCACCAAAGCUACAGAGGAAGACAAAGCUAAGAAUUAUGAAGAAGCACUGAGGCUUUACCAACAUUCUGUGGAGUAUUUUCUCCAUGCCAUUAAGUAUGAAGCCCAAAGCGAGAAGGCCAAAGAGAGCAUUAGAGCCAAAUGCAAGCAGUAUUUGGAGCGCGCCGAGAAGCUGAAAGAAUACCUCCGGACCAAGGAGAAGGGUGGCAAGAAGCCUGUCAAAGAGUCGCAGUCCAACGACAAAGGCAGCGACAGUGACAGUGAAGGUGAAAAUCCAGAAAAGAAAAAAAUGCAAGAGCAGCUUCAAAGUGCAAUUGUAAUGGAGAAACCAAAUGUGAAAUGGAGUGACGUGGCUGGGCUGGAAGGGGCCAAGGAGGCGCUGAAGGAGGCAGUCAUUCUGCCUAUAAAAUUCCCACAUCUUUUCACAGGCAAACGCACGCCAUGGCGUGGCAUCUUGCUCUUCGGACCGCCCGGCACAGGGAAGUCAUACCUGGCGAAGGCUGUGGCCACUGAAGCGAACAACUCCACUUUCUUCUCUGUCUCCUCAUCGGACCUUGUGUCCAAGUGGUUGGGUGAGAGUGAAAAGCUGGUGAAGAAUCUGUUUGAGAUGGCACGUCAGCACAAGCCCUCCAUCAUCUUCAUCGAUGAAGUAGACUCCCUGUGUGGCUCCCGCAAUGAAAAUGAGAGCGAGGCGGCACGUCGCAUCAAGACCGAAUUCCUGGUCCAGAUGCAGGGCGUUGGAGUUGACAAUGACGGUAUUCUUGUGCUGGGGGCAACCAACAUCCCGUGGACUUUGGAUUCUGCCAUUCGCAGGAGGUUUGAGAAACGGAUCUACAUUCCACUGCCAGAGGAACAGGCACGGUUAUCCAUGUUCAAACUGCACCUGGGGAACACUCCGCUCAGUUUGUCGGAGACGGAUUUCCGUGAUCUCGGCAAAAAGACAGAGGGCUACUCUGGAGCCGACAUUAGCAUCGUGGUGCGCGAUGCCCUCAUGCAGCCCGUCCGCAAAGUGCAGUCCGCCACACACUUCAAGAGGGUACGAGGACCUUCAAGAGAUGACCCAAAUAUGUUUGUGGAUGACUUGCUGACCCCAUGCUCUCCUGGGGACCCCAAUGCCAUUGAGAUGACCUGGAUGGAUGUCCCUGGAGAUAAGCUGCUGGAGCCUGUCGUCUCUACGUCGGACAUGCUGCGCUCACUCGCCACUACACGGCCCACCGUCAACUCUGAAGACCUCAAAAAGCUCCAGAAGUUCACAGAUGACUUUGGCCAAGAGGGCUGAGACAGGCUAGAAGUUGGUAUUUAUCAAUGGAUUGCGCCAACAUUUAUACCGCAGGAUAAGUACAGCUGUUUAAGGCCCUUUCCUUUGGUUUGCGUAUUACCGACAGGUGAUUAUUUAGAAUCAUUAAUUCUAUUAUUAUUUUUAUUAAUGUCAUCAGAUAACCAGUCAGGCGCAUUAUGAGCAUGUUAAUGGUGAAAAAACACGGGUGCGUUUCAAAAUAAUGCACGCUCCAAACCACUUGUCGCCAAAUUGGAAACAUUACAGCCUCGAGAGGAUGGCCGUCGUUUUUGACGGUGGUGACAAAUGUGCGUCAACAACAAAACAACAACCCGGAUAUGUGUUCCCACUUUUUUUUUAAUAUUGCCAAUUAGCAUUUUGUAAGCCACACAAGGUUUCGCAAACAGUACCCGGUUCACAAGCUGUUUCCCAAGGCUAGUGCAAAUGCCUCGGUCUCAUUAAGUGAUUGUUGUAUGAGAGAAAAAAAGCUUCAUAUUAUUGGGUCGUUGGGUUUUGUAACUGUUUUGCAUGGUUUUUGUCAAAUACUGUAUACCUACCUUUAAAAAUGUUCCGUGUAAAAUGUAUGAACUUUACUCGCACAGUAAGUCUGCAAAAGCCUUGAAUAUGUUCUUUCUAUUCUGCCAACUUAAGUUUCUCUCCUUUGUUGUGUUUAAUUUUUUUGUGAGGAUUUUCACUCAUGAUUUUAGUGUGUACAUACUGAAUUCAUCCAUCUAUUCCAAGUAAAGUAAAUGGACAGGCCAUUUCACAGCUUCACUAGCUUUGAACCUAGGGUUGUUACGACAGUAUAUUGUUGCAGUUAAUAAAAUGUAAAUAAAAUAUUAAUGGAAUGA